CACGGACCAUCAUAGCCAUCUUGCUUCCAACAUCCAUCUUCACCGUCUCUUGCAAUGGCGAGAGGCUUGCCACUGCUGACCUCGUCGACGCCGACCGCCAUCGCGUCUGCCGACGUCUGGAUCGGCCAUGUCCAACUACGUGACCUUGUCGUGUGUCCAAAGGAACGCGGCGUUCUCAACUAUGUGAGGCAAAAUGCUAUCGUUGAGCAGAGCAUAAAUGUCCCGGAUUCGGCGCCGUGCAAGCUAGUACAGCUCCCAUUCACACCGAAUACUCUCGCGUCUAUGCAAAUUCCAAACACUGAUGAGGUUCUUUUGGCUGCUGGUGGUCAGAAGGCCGAAAUACAUUUCUCCACAUACGCAGCUUCCUCUUCCUCACAUGGUCGAGCGAAGCUGCAAUGGCGCUUUGAGGAUAACCUCCCUGGCUCCAUUAACAACUCUGUAUUUUUAACGUCCUUAAGCAUGACCCAAUCUCAUGAAAGUAGUAUCGAACCUCGCGUCGUAAUCAGCAACAACGAUGGGACUGUCAGGUUCUUUGAUGUUCCCAUCCGGACACGUUAUCGCACCAAGUUGCAAGAGGCUGGCUGUCUUGAACUCAGGGUUCCUAUCAACCACUCGUCUAUAUCGCCUGAUGGAAGAACACUUCUCUCUGUCGGAGACACAUCCAAAGUCUUUUUGCACAGACUCAUAGGUGGAUCACGGAUCAAUAUCCACCCAAUCGCUACGCUUUCCCUUCCUCCACCUGAGGCCUCGCCGCUCCCAUAUGCAUCAACUGCAUUAGUCGCGUCAUUCUCGACCUCCUUUUCCUCUGACGGCACCAAGUAUGCUGUAGCUUCUCAAGAAGGGGUUGUUGCAGUCUGGGAUGUUCGAAGCACUAAACCGUUGAAGACGUUCCACACUGACAAAAAUCGUGUACCUCUGGGCCACGGGGGAGCAACUGGCUGGCUCUCAGACGAUCCGUGGGAGUGGACAAGCGGCAGCUGUAAAGCACCCGGAUGGAGUGUUCGCAGUGUUAAGUUCGGGCAUGGAGGAAGGAAUGGCCUGGGUAAAGAGUUAAUGACAUUCACAGAGCACACUUCACUACUCCACGUUGUUGAUGCCCGUACAUUUGAAACAGAAGAGAUAAUCCACGUUCCUAGGUUUCCAUCACCUCCCGCAGUUCAAUCAUCUGAACGUCCCCACAACACUAAUCACCACCGCCAACGGUCUCCGCGAAUAGAACAAGCCUCCCGUCCUGCGAGGAGUGCUACACUACCUGUCACGAGUUACGAAGUUUUCGAGCCGCCACCACCGCCGUCCUCUUUCAUGUUCAUGGCACUUGAAGAUACGUUCCGCAUCCCCUCCAUGUCGCCUUCGUCGUCACAAUCGCGUAGACGAUCACGACUCCGAACAUCCACAGAUUUAAAUUCGGCUCUAGAAGCUAUGGAUACCUAUGAAGACGACGAUCUUGUUGUCAUACCACCUUUGGGCGAUAGACAAGUAGAAAAUGAUGUCCAAACACUUUUGGGUCGACACGGGAUACGUUCAAGGCAUACUGGUGAAGAUUCACGGGAUCCUGUGGACUUCUAUUAUGGAGCCGCAAAUGAUAAUCAGGGUGGAGAGGACGAUAUGGAAGUAGACGAAUUGGAGUCUGACUGCAUCCCAUCUCACACUCCUUCACGCUCAUCCUCACCCUCACCGUCUGUCCACAUCAGUGCACCAUCGCGAUAUCCUUCAUUCUCUCCUGUAGGCUCACCGAUCACCAUGUCGUUUCGACAGCGACGUGCACAAAAUGAAAGACCACUCGAAACACUUCCGAGGGACGAGGACAACCAUCUGGACAUCGCUGGAACAUGCUUUGACCCUUCAGGAGCUUUUAUAUAUGUUGCAACGACGGAAAGUGUAGCGGAAUGGAGUGUGAAUGGAGCUGAGAAGAGGUGGUGGCUGGAUAAUGAUUGUUGGGCAUGAAAUUUUACUAGCUGUUAUGAUUUUCUUUUGUACUCACUUUAUUUAUCGUCAUUCUCUGCUUGUAGUCUUUGGGCAUGCUUGUACAAUUAUCUCUGUAUCACCAGCAUUACGGAAACCAGAUAUCAAAUAGUGAAACAAAACAC